AUCUUAAAAUGUUGCGGGUAUCAAAAAUAUUUUCUCAUAAAUAAUAAUAGGGGUCAAAAAAUAAAUAAUAGGAAGAGAAAGGGAAGAAACAAGAGAGUGAAUGAUCUGGAGGGAGAUCUGUUGAGAGCAGUGGGCUGAUGCUGAUAAUACUGAAUACUGAUACUAUGCAUAUAUAUAUAUAUAGAGAGAGAGAGAGAGAGAGAGAGGGAGAUUCUAGAGAGAGAGAGAGAGAGGAUAUGGAUAUGGGGGGACUGCAUUGAAUCGACAGAGAACCCAAAAUAUCACGAAAAAUCUGUGACUACCCUUUUGAUUCUGUAUCUUUUGAUUAUAUAUAUACAUCCCUACCCUUAUAAAUUCACAUUAUUGCUUUGUCUUUGGAAGUUGUGGUUAUAGUGUAGUAAUUUUUCUGGGUGGGUGUUUGGUGGGACAUGGAUGCUUUUUCUUCUUCUUCUUUGAUGGAAAAUGGGAAUGAACCCCAUGUGUUAGCAGUAGAUGACAAUCUCAUUGAUCGCAAACUUGUUGAAAAGCUGCUCAAGAACUCCUCUUGCAAAG